AUGGAAAUCGGGAGCGUGCUUGUCACCGGGGGUACAGGUUUCUUAGGCUCUGCGAUAGUGCGAGCCCUCAGAGAAAAGCAUCCGCGUUGUCACAUUACUGUAGUUGAUAUCCAGGUCUCCAACGACACUGGCUUUGCAACAGACUCCGAUCUCUCUUUUGCUCAAGCAGAUGUGACAUCCCCAGAGAGCCUGUCGAAUGUCUUCUCCAAGUGUCGACCCCAGGUGGUCAUCCAUACUGCUGGGAUAGUGCCUCCCCUAAGCGAGCGAUAUGCUCGGCGCAUGGAGAAAGAUGUUCUCCGUGUGAACGUGGAAGGCACGCGGAAUACCUUACGUGCUGCAAAAGAGGCUGGAUGUGCUGCCUUCGUUUAUACUGGCAGCUGUACAGCCGUCAUAGACGAUGUCAGCUUCCAGUACGCGAACAUCGACGAGAGAUGGCCAUUGGCCUAUAGAUCUUCGAUAUAUGGUGAAUCAAAGGCUCUUGCCGAGGAACUAGUACUUUCAUCUUCUGGAGACGGUAUUAAGGCCUGUGUUUUACGCCCGUCUGUACUAUGCGGAGAAGGUGACAGCCAAUUGCUGCCAUCGAUUCAUGCAUGCAUUGCCAACCGAGAAACUUCUUACAUCAUUGGAGAUGGCCACAAUCUAUGGGACGUCACGUACGUCGGCAACAUUGCAGAUGCCCAUGUCCUGGCAGCGGAGAACCUCUUAUCCACCAUGACAGCAGCGGGGGAGGCGUUCUUCAUUCAGAACAAUGAGGCAAUCGCGUUUCGCGAUCUUAGCCUUGCCGUUUGGAAACACUUUGGGCACAUUCCGCCUUUUGAGAUCGUGAUACCUGCAGGUCUUGCUUGGUUUGCAGGGUUUCUUGCUGAAUGCUUUGCCUGGAUGAACGGUACGACAGCUACUUUGAGCCGUGGCAGUGUCAGGGAUGCUUGCAGUGUGAGAUAUGCCAAUGGGCAAAAGGCAGAGAAGAUUCUAGGCUACAAGGCGCGGGUUGGUAUUGAAGAAGGGAUCAGGAUCAGUUGCGAGGACUACGCAAAACGACUGAGACAACGAGCAAAAGGAUAA